AUGAGACUCAAGGUCACCUAUAUCAUUGAUAUUCAGGGGGAUGGUGUACAGAAUUGCCAGCAGAAACCCAAACACCCUAAUCAUGAAUAUUGCGGAAAGAAGUGUGCGGCAGAGGCCCAGGCGCAAUCAGCCACCCAGCCUAAGACAGCCGCUUGGACAGGUGCAACUCGAGGUAAGAACUUGCACCCUGCGGGAAACACCGGACAGAAGGGAGGUUUGGCGGCGAAGAUACAGCAGGCUGCAGCCGGGAAAUUUGGUACACCACAGCCAUCCGCACCUCCGGCUCCAGGAGUGAAUGCUGCUCCAAAAGCAUACGCUCGCUCUCCUCCACAAGUUCCGGGAAUGCCUCCUUCCAGUGCUCCCUCAUCGCCCGGCAAUGGUCAGUUUGGAUCGCCUGGCAAUAUGCCACAAGGUAGCCUCGGCGCCGCUCCCGGGCCCGCCAGUCAGCAGUCGUACGGGGCACCGUAUACCGCGCCUCCAACAUGCAAAAUUCCAGGCUGUAUGGAGCCCGUCUAUGUGGAUUCAAACGGCUGGAUUACCAGUGAGUUCUGCUCCAUGAGGCAUCGCAAGGAAGCUGUUGCCACUAGUCUGGUCGAUGCGUGCAUCAUGUGCCACGAGUUCCCGCAGAAUACGACCGACUAUUUUUGUAGCAGAACCUGCAGGGAAGCUGCUCUCAACAAGUGA